GUUGCUAUGGGCGUAAUUCGUUUGAUGGUUAGAUUUUCGUAAUUCGGUUUGGUUUUUGCACGUCUUUCGAAGAUAUGCUGUUCUAUGUAACCAGUCGGAUAUUUCCAGGAAAGACUUUCGUGGUCGUUUGUGACGAGAAUGACACAAUUGCUCACGCCAAGGCUCACAUGCUGCACAUUCUGUAUGAACUCGGACGCUCAGAUCUUCAGUUCAGGUUUAGAUUCAAAGGGGAAUACUUGAAAGAUGCUCUCACUCUCAAAGAUUAUGGUGUUAGUGAUAAUUGUGUGGUUGAAUUUGCUCCUCUUGCCAAACCUUCGGCUGCAAUAUCAGAAAUGCGUCGAACUUCGAUUUACAAUCGGAGACACAUUGGUGGUGAUGUGAUUACUGCCUUGGAGGCCGAAGUUAAGAUUUUCAAGAAAAGAGAAACUCUGCUGGCAAACCUCAGGGUUGUGUUGUGGGUGUUGGGUGUAGCUACUGUCUGUGCUGCUGGUACAGUUUACUGGUACUCAUUCACAUGGCAGAGCAUCUUUUUCCUAUUUGGCAUCUUGAAGAUUCCUUCAUUCUCUCGCCUUGGCGGAUUUGUUGGCAGGACUGGACUAUUUCAGAGACGCUUUGCAGCGAUAUUUUCUGUCAUGAUGCUUCUUAACUUGCUUGCAUCAGUUAUACUAGCAUUUGUUAGCAGUUACAUCGAGAUAGUGGAUUGUUAUAUUGAACCUGGACAGCUCAACACAACUGCAUUUGAUGAAGGCGCAUUUGGCGGCGAAGAAAUCGGCGUCUUCUAUGGCUGUAAACAUCAGCUAUGGUAUUCAGCGAUUUACUUUGCCCUACAUGCUCUUGUUGUGUUCAUGGCCGUUGUCUACUCUGUCAAGUUGUGGUACAAUUUUAAGUUUGAGAUUGGUACAUACAUAGAACCACGGCUUAUUGAGUCAAAGAACAUCCACAAACUACUCACAGAUGCAGCAUCUAGUAGGUCGAAGAGUCAACGAAAUGCAGCAUUUGAACUGAACAACUUAGCCGCCACAAGUCAAGACAACAAAUUCAAAAUUGUCAGUGAAGGAGGUGUUCAAACUCUUAUUUCAUUGAGCUUGUCAACAGAUGAGGCAACGCAAGAGUAUGCCGUAGAAGCUCUAGCUGAGUUACUAACGAUUCCUGCCAUACAAGAUCAGUUCGUCGAAGAAGGUGGUUUGCCAAAACUAAUGGCUCUUCUUCAUGCAUUUAAUUCGGAUGUAGUAAACGAAGCGGCGGUUGCCAUCUCGUACAUUGCCGCAGACAACGAAGCACAACGUGAAGCAAUAGCAUCACAUCAUGGAUUAGAGGAUUUAUGCCAUGCAGUCAGAUCAGGUGAUGUGGAUAUUAUGUGCUCUGUGGCUGGUACAUUUCUUGAUUUGUCAAUGACGGCGGCGAGUCGGUCUGCUAUGGUUGGCACUCCAACAGUUGCUGCUGCUCUUGUCCAACUAAGCAGAUGCCAACACCAUGAGACUCAGCGUCUUGCCCUACAGACUAUUGAACUUCUGGCACUUGAAAACUCCAACUACAUUCUCACCGACAGAUCUCUUCUUGCUUCGUUGCUGUCGAUACCAAAGAACAGCAAUGACACAAAGCUGUGGCUGCUGGCCGCCAAAAUCAUGAUGUAUUUUGUAGAGAAUUCAGAGGGUUGUCGUGGUCUUGUGCAUGCUGAUGGGAUGGUUGAAGCGUUUGUAGAGUUUGGAUCAUCGAGUGACGAGAUGCUGCAGGUUGUUAUGUCUAAGAUUGUUCUGUCUAUGAUAGAAGCCAAAGAGCAUCGAUCUACUCUCGUAAAUAUCGGUUUUCAUGACGUUCUCACUACCCUUCGGACAUGCGUCUCUGACGAGGGGGCAUGGAGAAACGUCGAACAAGCCAUUGUCCUUUUUGGAUCAUCAAUUGACGUUGGCAUGUCACGAUACCACUCAGCUAGAUCUCUCGACUCGGACGGUGGGAAACGCAGCGUGCAGCCUCAUCAUCCACAUCGAGUCAAGUUUGCAACGCCAGACUGAAGACAGGCACGUGACGUAUUGUGUAAAUAGGCAAGAAAUGUAGACACAAUUGGGUGGUGUUUAGUAUAGACAAGAUGGGCUCUGAUGUGGUUUCUAAUAGAAUGUAGGAUUUUAUGAUAUUUGCUGGUUAAUUAAUUGACGCGUUAAUUAGA